AGCGCCGCACGGCCCGGCUCAGAGCGCAGCGGGCGGGUCCGCGUCACUUUAACCCACCGGUUUGGAUGCAGACUGAUCGGAUUCGACCUGCGGACUGAGCGGCUGGUUGUGUGGUUGGUCGUUGCUUGGAACUGGAGGCCGGUAGCAGGACAGCGUCUGCCCGGGCUGGUGCUGCAGUUGGCGGAGUGUUGCCGUCGGUCGGUUCCCGUGGAGAGCGGAGUGGAGCCUGCAGAGCCCCGCUGCUGCUGCUCUGUGCGUGUUUGUACGUUUCUCUCUGCGGCUGGACUCGGUCACACGCGUUACACACGGGACUAGCUGAUUAACGCUCCGGCACCGGGGAGUUGGAUGUGUGUUUUGCACCGCAGGAGUCACCUGGAUUCCGGGCGGAGAGACGGGGCCGAUGGCGCAACGGUAUGAAGACCUGGCCCACUAUGGGCUGGAGGGGGUGGGCGGAGUGUACGGAGACCCACACCACCAUCACCACCACCACGCCGCUGCUGCCCGCUCUCUGCAGGCCGUGCACCUGGCUGCCGCCGCUGGCGGUCCGUACCCUCCACACCAGUAUGCCCAGUCCACCCACACCAGCAGCAGCAUGGCCGCCACAGCCGGGGACGCCGUUAAGAGGGACAAAGACGCCAUUUAUGGACAUCCUUUAUUCCCUCUGCUCGCACUGAUUUUUGAAAAAUGUGAAUUGGCAACGUGCACGCCGCGAGAGAGCGGCGUGGCCGGAGGAGAUGUUUGCUCCUCCGACUCCUUCAACGAGGACAUCGCUGUCUUCUCCAAACAGAUCCGAUCAGAGAGGCCUUUAUUUUCAUCAAACCCAGAGCUGGAUAAUUUGAUGAUCCAGGCGAUACAAGUGCUGCGCUUCCACCUCCUGGAGUUGGAGAAGGUUCAUGAGCUUUGUGAUAACUUCUGUCAUCGAUACAUCAGCUGUCUGAAAGGGAAAAUGCCGAUCGAUCUGGUUAUAGAUGACAGAGAUGGAAACAAAUCAGACAGCGAAGACUUCAUCAGGUCAUCGGGGAACAACAUGGAUCAGAUGUCAUGGAGCAGAGACCAUGACGACGCAGCGUCGAUCCGUUCGGCCGGGACGCCGGGACCGUCCAGCGGUGGACACACGUCUCACAGCGGCGACAACAGCAGCGAACAAGGUGACUGCCUGGAUAACGGCAUGGCGUCUCCCAGCACAGGGGACGACGACGACUCGGACAAAGACAAACUGCACAACAAAAAAAGGGGCAUCUUCCCCAAAGUGGCCACCAACAUCCUGAGAGCCUGGCUUUUUCAGCACCUGACACACCCAUACCCGUCGGAGGAGCAGAAGAAGCAGCUGGCUCAGGACACCGGCCUCACCAUCCUACAGGUCAACAACUGGUUCAUCAACGCGAGGCGGCGGAUCGUCCAGCCCAUGAUCGACCAGUCCAACAGAGCAGUGAGCCAGGCAGGACCGUACGGCCCAGAUGGUCAGCCAAUGGGAGGCUUUGUUAUGGACGGACAGACACACAUGGGAAUCAGACCACCUGGUCCUAUGGGUGGUGUGGGGAUGGGAAUGGGUGUGGAGGGACAGUGGCACUACAUGUAACACUACCACCACCCUGCAGCCAGAGGACCCGCCCAGUGUCCCAGGAAACCACUGAAAGGUCUGCAGACCUCCUUGGCAGGCGUGGAGCAGGACCUCACGCCUCCUCACCCUUCCUCCCCUCAGCCCCACACCCCUGGGCAUCUACCUGGCCCGAUAAACACCUGACAGCUGCUGCGUCUCCAUGGCCACCAGAGACGCUUUGUGACUUAAAAUCUUCCAGCUGUAACACAAAAGAGAGAAUGUGGGGGCAGAUGGAGAUCCUGGAAGGAAUCAUUAACAGCUGUGUGUCUUAACUGAUGACACUUGGAAGGAUUUUUCUGGAUCAGGACACAAACGUCGAUGUGGCGUCUCUGGAUUUGAUAAUUUCCCGUGAUGUCAGCAUACCAGCAUGUCUACCAACAGAUUUAACCUCCUGUUACUCUCCAGCCUUAAAACUAUGGACGCCUCAAGUGGACAUUUUGACACCAGUAGAUCAACCUUCCCAUCCUCUCCACCAGCUGAACACAUGAAGCUGACGUCUGUAUUUCCCAAGGCGUUCUUUUGAAACAGAACAUGUCUACAAACCAUUUUUCAAGACACAGAAGCUCUGAAAAAUGGCCGGCAGAGGUCAUGUGACCAAGCGCUGUUUACUGUGGACUCUCAGAGGACGAGAGACAAGUCGUUACAAGUGCUCUGCUGCUGCCUUUUGCAUAAUGUACUGGUAUAAAGGAAAGGACUUGUACUGUUUCACUUUUCACACUGUGUGUGUUUGUCUUUUUUCAUAGACUUU